CUCAUUGCCUCUCCUUGCCUAUGGCUGGUAAUGAGCCAAAACGAUUAGCAUGUCUCACUUGGCUCGACCUUUAAAAACUAAGACUUGGACCACAAAAUACAGAUAGUCUCAGCCAUGAGCUUUUCAUCCAAGUGGGCCUGGGCCAACUUAGGGCUUCGGCCAAACCAGAUCGCUCCUUUGCCAGACAUACCAACCCCUCCCUCUCUCUCUUCUCUUCUCACUCUCUAAUGUCUGGGCAUUUGACACGAUACCCGCAGCGUAUAUUCCGUCUGUCGAUACUCUCUUUCUCUCUCUACGUGGUCUUCAGUCUCUCUCACACAUUUUCAAGUUCCAACAUCUCUCUCUCCUCCGUUGUCGGUCCUCAGGAUUCGAAGUUUCUCUCUCUAGAAAACGCCAAGAUUCAAAGUUUCUCUCUCUAGAAAACCCUGUAACCAAUUGCGAUUUUCCCUCUCUAACCUGCGUAUUUCUCCUCCCUCUCUUUUUCUCUCUAACUUCGAUCUAACCCCGCCGUUUUCAAAGUUCCCCGCUCUUUCUCUCUCUCCAGCAUUUCGCCUUCUCUCCGAGUUCGAAUCUUUAAUUUAUUCCGCCUCUGUCUCUAUCUCUCUCUCUGCAACUGCUGCCUUGGUCACAAGACCUCAAAUUUUAGAGUUCGAAUCUUUAAUUAUUCCGCCUCUCUCUAUCUCUCUCUCCAGCUUUUUGCCUUCUCUCCGAGUUCGAAUCUUUAAUUUAUUCCUUCAGGUGUUUUCAAUAGAAGUCUGGCCCUUUUGACGGUUAAGAUGCUUCUAAUGUCGUGGUCUCGGAUGCAGGCCUAGCAAAAGGACUAGGCUUUUACUCUAAUUACUGCCAUUUCAGUCAAUGGGCUGCUUCCAUUCGAAGGUCAGAAGGCAAUAUCCGGGACAAGAAGACCCUGUAGCUCUAGCUGCGCAGACGUCUUUCAGUGUUAGUGAAGUUGAGGCUUUAUUUGAGUUGUUCAAGAGCAUCAGCAGUUCUGUAAUUGAUGAUGGGCUAAUAAACAAGGAAGAGUUUCAGCUCGCUCUAUUUAAGAAUGGCAAGAAGGAGAAUCUCUUCGCAAAUCGGAUCUUUGAUUUAUUUGAUGUUAAGCAAAAGGGAGUCAUUGAUUUCGGUGACUUCGUUCGAUCACUCAGCGUGUUUCACCCAAAUGCACCCCAACAGGAUAAGAUAGAUUUUUCAUUUAGGCUUUAUGAUUUGGAUGGUACUGGCUUCAUCGAACGGCAAGAAGUGAAGCAAAUGCUAAUUGCACUUCUAUGUGAGUCUGAGAUGAGGUUAUCUGAUGAGACCAUUGAAACAAUAAUGGACAAGACAUUUUCAGAAGCUGACGUGAACCAGGAUGGCAAGAUUGACAAAUCCGAAUGGCAGAAUUUUGUUUCACGUAACCCAUCAUUAAUGAAGAUAAUGACUCUUCCAUAUCUUAGGUAG